AUGAGGUCCAUCGUCACGCUCGCAGUCGCGGCCUCCCUUGCCGCCGGCGUCGUCGCCCAGCCUCACAACCACCGACAUCGCCAUGUCAAGAAGGAUGCUGCCUCCCCCGUGGAGAAGCGCGAGCCCGAUGUCGUCGUCGUGUACGAAGCCGGCCCUACCGUGACCAACUACGAGCUUGGAGGAAAGGUCAUCAGCGAAGAUGAGGCCAAGCAGGGCAUCGAGGACGGACUCUUCGUCGUCGUCGGAGAGACCACCCCUACCUCGACCCCCCUGCCUCCCGCUUCCACCUCCAAGGCCCCGACUCCUUCCUCCUCAAAGGAUGCUCAGUUCUUCGAAGCUAAGAUCGCCAAGACUACUUCCACCACUCCCACCCCUACUCCGACUCCGACCCCGACCCCGACGCCCUCUUCAUCGAGCCAGGCGCCACCCGCUUCCACCUCCAAGGCUUCGAGCGGAGGUUCCAGCGGCGGAGCCAAGGGCUUGACUGCCGAGUUCCCCAGCGGCGAGCUCGACUGCUCCACGUUCCCCUCCGACUACGGUGCUGUCGCCGUUGAGUACCUUGGUACCAACGGUUGGACCGGCAUCCAGAGAACCCCCAACUACAGCAUUGGCGACGCCGCCAUUUCCUUCAUCGAGUCGGCAGUAUCUGGCGAUGGUGGCUGCAGCAAAAACUCAUUCUGCUCCUACGCCUGCCCCGUCGGCUACCAGAAGACGCAGUGGCCCACUGCCCAGGGCUCAACCAAGCAGUCCAUUGGUGGACUUUACUGCAACAAGCAGGGCAAGCUUGAGCUUACUCGCACCUCUAAGAAGACCCUUUGCGAGAAGGGCGCUGGUGGCGUCUUCAUCCAGAACGACCUCCCCAAGUCUGCCGCUGUUUGCCGAACCGACUACCCGGGUCUCGAGAACAUGGUCAUUGCUACUGUUCCCGAGCCUGGCCAGAAGCUGGAGCUGUGCAACCCCGCUUCUUCUGACUACUACGUCUGGGACAACAACCCUACCACUGCGCAGUACUACGUCAACAACGCGGGCGUCCCCGUCGAGGAUGCCUGUGUCUGGACGAGCGCCACCAACCCCCUGAGCGCUGGCAACUGGGCCCCUGUCAACAUUGGUGUCGGCAAGAGCUCCGACGGCAACACGUACCUCUCCAUCUUCAACAACGCCCCCACCUCGACAGCCAAGCUGAACUUCAACAUUGAAAUCACUGGUGGCAACAGCAAGUGCUCACUUAUCAACGGUGUCUACUCCGGCAACUCGGCUACCGGCUGUACUACAGCCUUUUCCAGCGGGACUGCCAUCAUCCGCUUCUACCAGGACUAA